UGGCCCCCCUUUUCUCCGGAUCUCAACCCCAUCGAACACCUCUGGUGGGCACUCAAAAAGAAACUCCAUGAGCUGCACCCCGAGUUUGACUACAUGGGCGACACAGAAAGGGAGUGGGAUCAGUUUGAAAAUGGGUUGCGAGAGGCCUGGUCUGCCAUACCUGAUUCUUUGAUUACCAAACUGAUCUCGAGUAUGCCGCGACGCCUCGACGCCGUGCGCACUGCACAUGGUUAUCAAACAAAAUAUUAA